GACAGGCGGCGUUGAUGAUCCUAAUGCCCGCUCUUACCUUCAAGAGUCCCUGCGUUGACGCUACUUUGCCCUUUGACCAGAUGAUACUAGCAGUCAAUCUUCCUUGUUCCUGUCAAUCUCGAGACUUCAUGGGCAUUUGUCACCUCUAUCCUUAUUGAGCUUGGUUCAUCUUCCACCUUUGUCGCUUCUCACGCGCUCUCACGCUCUUAACUGCGCAUGACUACCCCAAGGGACACUAGUUUUAUUAUGAGAGCAUAAACCAACGUAUCGACCAACCCAACCCCAUCGUCUCCUGCAGAACCAUCAUCUUGUUUCUUCGGUUCUUCUCCGCGCCUCCCGGCUCAAUCAGCUCCUUUAAUCCCCCGGCGUUGGAUUGGCGUCAAAGCACAGCCGCUGCCUUUUCUCAUCCGCCCUGCGCCUCUACUCCCAUGAAGGCAUAUCCCUUGUUCAUCGCCACCAACAAACGAAUCAUAGCCUACUAUUUUCCCUAGAUUAUCAGGAACCGAAUACUGGGGGGAUCAACAUAUUGGAUCGUACCAUUGCCCCAGCCCGGCCUGGCACGUCGCAUCCAACGUACGGGGUACAUUUACCUUAUAAGGCCAGUUCGUCGGUCUACCCAAUUUCGAGAAGCUUUCGUUCUGUUCAUUCCUUUUUCUCAACCGCAUGAGAUCGACCAGGCCUGAGGAUCUCUCCCUCCCCCCAUCAGCCAGCCCCUCCGUCGUCAGCAGUAGCGUGGGUCGUCAAGCGUACAGUGAGCUUGGCUCCGUCAACCUCAAAGCUUGACGUAACGUAACGUUGCUCUGUGCACCACACUGUCAAUUGGUCGCUUGGUUCCCAACCACUAUCCAGACUUGGCUGCGCGGUAUCCGUGAAGGAAAAGGCAGCAGAGUCGACGGGCAGCUACUUCUGCGCUCUCGUAUGUCUUUCUUCUGCAGCUGAAAGUGGCACGGGACGAAUCUUUCGGUUCGUUUGGUGGCUAAGAGGAUAUCAUACUCUCUGCCUUAUCUCGGAAAAUUGUGGUUCGCAGGAACAGUGCAAACACACCACAAAGACCACCGCGCAUCACCCUAGCUCGUCCAUAUAACAAGCCUCGACCCUUUCGUUGCUUUGAACGGCAUACUUCUUCUUUUUCCUAAUUCUUCUCUUUUCGGAGUCCCCAAAUCGUCAAGAUGUUACCCUCUCUCUUACUCGUAUCCCUCUCCCUCGCCGUGGGCCAGGUCAGUGCCGGUAUCUGGCCGGCCCCGAAGAAGCUUUCCACUGGCAAGAGUGUUCUGUUCAUAAGCCAAACACUGGAAAUCACAUAUAAUGGAGGAUCUGUACGCUGGCGCCCUUCUUCUGCUUCCACUUCCACUUCCGAUGAUGAGACACAGAAUACUGAGAAUUUCUUUAAUGUGCAGCUGCCCUACACUUAUGGCUACAACCCGGCUUCGGGCUCGACGUUUAACAGCAAAGACAUUGUGCAAGGCGGUGUGUCGCGCGCCAUGGCUGCCAUUUUUCAGCAAAACUUCGUGCCCUGGAAGUUCCACCCGAAGAACAGUGACUUUGAGCCAGAUGUGUACGCGGCGGACAAGAAGGCAGUCAAGUCGCUGCAGAUUACACAGACUGGAGAGGAUAAGCCCAGCACCUUCAAGCCUGUCGCUGGUGACGUCAAUGAAUCAUACGCGCUCAAUAUCACAGAGGAUGGCUCGGCUACGCUUACGGCCAUGUCCUCCACCGGCAUCUUGAGAGGUCUCGAGACGUUUGUGCAGCUCUUCUACCAGCACACAUCCGGCACCUCCUGGUAUACCACGUUGGCUCCCGUUUCGAUUGAGGAUUCGCCAGAGUACUCCCACCGCGGAAUCAUGAUCGAUACGGCGCGUAACUUUUUCCCCGUUCAGGAUGUUCUGAGGGUCAUUGACGCCAUGUCUUGGAAUAAGCUCAACCGGCUCCACAUCCACAUCACGGACUCGCAAUCAUGGCCGCUUGACAUUCCUGCGAUGCCCGAUCUAGCCGCCAAGGGCGCUUACCGCAAGGGAUUGUCGUAUUCGCCCGAGGACUUGGCAAAGAUUCAGGAAUACGCAGUUCACCGCGGAAUUGAGCCAGUGAUUGAAAUCGACAUGCCGGGGCACAUUGGAUCCGUUUCUUUUGCCUACCCGGAGCUGAUUGUGGCUUAUAACGAGAAGCCGUACACUUGGUGGUGCGUAGAGCCGCCAUGUGGUGCCUUCAAGAUGAACGAUACCCGAGUCGACGAGUUCCUGGACAAACUCUUUGACGAUCUCCUGCCGAGGGUCGGCCCUUACACGGCAUACUUCCACACUGGUGGCGAUGAGCUGAACAAGAACGACUCCAUGCUCGACGAGGGUAUUCGGUCCAACUCGAGUGAGGUCCUGCAACCGCUUCUGCAAAAGUUCAUGGACAAGAACCACGCCAGAAUCCGCAAGCACGGGCUCAUUCCGCUGGUCUGGGAAGAGAUGCCGCUCGAGUGGAACAUCACGCUUGGCGACGACGUCGUGAUUCAGUCUUGGUUGGGAGGCGAUUCCGUAAAGAAACUGACCAGCAAGGGCCACAAGGUCAUUGACAGCAACUACAACUACUGGUACUCCGACUGCGGCAGAGGCCACUGGAUGAAUUUCGACAACGGAGCCGCCUUUGAGGCCUUCUUCCCCUUCAACGACUGGUGCUCGCCGGCAAAGGGGUGGCGCCUCAUGUACUCGCACGAUCCGCGGGCCAACCUGACCGAGACGGAAGCCAAGCUCGUCCUCGGCGGCGAGGUAGCGGCGUGGAGCGAGUCCAUCGACCCGGUCAGCAUCGACGGGAUCCUGUGGCCGCGGGCCAGCGCGGCUGGCGAGGUGUUGUGGUCGGGCCGGCGGGACGCUUCGGGCCAGAACCGGAGCCAGUACGACGCGGCGCCGAGGCUGGCUGAGUUCCGGGAGAGGAUGGUGGCGCGUGGUGUGAGGUCGGAGCCGGUGCAGAUGCCGUUCUGCACGCAGGGGGAUGCGGGUGAGUGUGGGUAUCCCAUGGUGUAAGAGCUGGGUUGGGAUUUUCCAAGCUCUCUGUGUUAUUCCGCAUGAUUCAUGCGGUUCUCCGGAGAAGGGUGCCCCCUUCUCGGACAGUUGAACAUACCUUUUCUUGUACAUGUAUUAGAGACAGG